CGGGGCGGGGGAGCGAGGGGAGGCUGUCGCGCGAGAGAGAAAUGUCGCGUGAGGGAGCGGAGGCGGGAGGUUGAAGAAGAUCUGCGCGCCAAGGAAAAACGGUCGCCUGAAAAAUAGCAUCUCUUUUUAAUUAUGUUUUUUUGGGGUUAAAUUAUUGCGUCUGCGUUUGCGAUGGUUGGGCUGAGUUAGCGUGUUAGAAUAGGAAACUGCAUCGCGUCUUUCGGCUCGGGAGCGUGUGGUUUUUUAGUAGCGGUUGGGGAGUCAGGCAUUUGCUUCAUGAAGUAUUUACUUCAUGGGAUCGAGUGAAGUGGGAAUGAGCUAAUAAUUUUUGGUUUAAGUUGAGGGAUGCGGUAUUGUGAGGUCGACACCUUGGGCUAUUCAAUGUCUGUAAAAUGCAGUGUUGGUUCUGUGAUUGGCUAUUCCAGUGCUAUAAGUUUUGUGGUCUUUUUUCGCUUUUGGGAUUGCGUGAGCUGUAACAUUGUUGGAUGCUCGUGAUGGACUGUGGGUUGUCUCAUUUUGGGAGUUCAAGGCUGGCACUUAGCUGCAGUUGGUUGAUCGUACAGGUCGAAAUGGGGAUUCUGGUUAAGCUGCACUACAAUAGCUUUUGAUUGGCUGUUAAGCAAUGGAGCUGCUGAAUAAUAUUUUCAUAAAAAAAAGGUGCUGAAGUCAACUUUAGCUCCUUAGUUCUAGGAGCAAUACUCACCAUGUAGGUUCAGGAAAGCUACACUACUAUGGUAGAGGAUAUAAUUGAAGCUAUAGAAGAUGCCGGAUUCGAAGCCGAAAUUAUCCCAGAUUCUGCUGUCUCUCAGCCUAAGUCACAGAAGACUUUAUCAGCUCAAUUUAGGAUAGGAGGAAUGACAUGUGCUAAUUGUGUGAACUCGGUUGAGGGUAUCUUGAAAAAGCUACCUGGUGUAAAAGGAGCAGUUGUUGCUUUGGCAACAUCAUUAGGGGAAGUUGAGUAUGUUCCUUCUGCCAUUAGCAAGGAUGAAAUUGUUCAGGCCAUUGAGGAUGCUGGUUUUGAAGCUGCAUUCUUGCAGAGUAGCGAGCAAGAUAAGAUUUUGCUGGGACUGAUUGGUUUGCACACAGAGAAGGAUGUAGGAGUAUUACAUGAUAUUCUUAAGAAAAUGGUUGGCUUGCAACAGUUCGUUGUAAAUACUGUCCUCUCAGAAGUUGAGAUUGUAUUCGAUCCAGAAGCUGUUGGUCUAAGAUCAAUUGUGGAUACAAUUGAGAUGGGAAGCAAUGGGAGGUUGAAAGCGCAUGUUCAGAAUCCAUACACUCGAGGGGCUUCAAAUGAUGCACAGGAGGCCUCUAAAAUGCUUAAUCUUCUCCGCUCUAGCUUGUUCCUUAGUAUUCCUGUAUUUUUUAUACGUAUGGUCUGCCCCAGUAUACCUUUGAUUAGUACAUUACUAAGCAUGCACUGUGGACCAUUUCUUAUGGGGGAUUUGCUGAAGUGGAUAUUGGUAAGCAUUGUACAGUUUGUUGUCGGCAAACGGUUCUAUGUAGCGGCUUAUAGGGCCCUGAGACAUGGCUCUACAAACAUGGAUGUGCUAGUGGUUCUUGGUACCACCACAUCAUAUGUAUACUCUGUUUGUGCACUCCUUUAUGGAUCAUUCACUGGAUAUCAACCUCCCGUAUAUUUUGAGACAAGUGCAAUGAUAAUUACAUUUGUGUUGUUCGGGAAAUAUCUUGAGGUGCUUGCAAAAGGGAAGACAUCAGAUGCUAUUAAGAAGCUGGUAGAACUGGUCCCUGCUACUGCUCUUUUGCUUCUGAAAGACAAAGAAGGAAAAUAUGUCGGGGAGAGGGAGAUUGAUGCACUGUUAGUCCAACCUGGUGAUGUCUUAAAAGUGCUUCCUGGUUCAAAGGUUCCUGCUGAUGGUGUUGUAGUUUGGGGAACAAGCCAUGUCAAUGAAAGUAUGAUAACUGGUGAAUCUGCACCCAUCCCCAAAGAAGUAUCCAGUGUGGUGAUUGGGGGAACAAUGAACUUACAUGGCAUCCUUCAUAUACAGACAACAAAAGUAGGAUCUGGGACAGUUUUGAGUCAGAUAAUCUCUCUGGUUGAAACUGCGCAGAUGUCCAAAGCACCUAUUCAGAAAUUUGCCGAUUAUGUGGCUAGCAUUUUUGUUCCAAUUGUCAUCACGUUGUCUGUAGUAACAUUCUCUGUGUGGUUCUUCUGUGGAUGGUUUGGAGCAUAUCCAAAUUCAUGGGUUGCUGAAAAUAGCAACUGCUUUGUUUUCUCUCUCAUGUUUGCCAUAUCUGUUGUGGUGAUUGCUUGUCCUUGUGCCCUUGGUCUGGCAACACCAACUGCUGUGAUGGUGGCAACUGGAAUUGGGGCUAAUCAUGGAGUGCUUGUAAAAGGUGGAGAUGCAUUGGAGAGGGCUCAAAAUGUAAAUUACGUGGUUUUUGAUAAAACAGGGACACUAACACAAGGAAAGGCUGUUGUAACAACUGCAAAGGUUUUCUCAGGAAUGGACCUUGGAGAUUUCCUCACACUAGUAGCAUCCGCAGAGGCAAGCAGUGAGCAUCCUCUUGCCACAGCUGUUUUGGACUAUGCCUUUCAUUUCCAUUUCUUUGGCAAGAUUCCUUCAUCAAAAGAUGGCAUUGAGCAAAGAAAAGAAGAGGUGUUGUCUCAAUGGCUGCUUGAAGCUGAAGACUUCUCUGCAAUCCCUGGCAAAGGAGUUCAGUGCUCUAUCAACGGGAAGAAUGUUUUGGUCGGAAACCGUACUUUGAUUACUGAAAACGGUGUAACCGUUCCCCCAGAAGCUGAAAGUUUCUUGGUAGACCUGGAAGUGGAUGCAAAAACAGGCAUUCUCGUGGCAUAUGAUGGUGAUUUCGUGGGGUUGAUGGGUAUUACCGAUCCCCUGAAAAGGGAGGCUGCUGUUGUAGUGGAAGGACUAAAAAAGUUAGGUGUUCAUCCCGUGAUGCUCACAGGGGACAAUUGGAGAACCGCCCAAGCUGUUGCAAAAGAGGUAGGCAUUGAGGACGUGAGAGCUGAGGUCAUGCCAGCCGGAAAGGCCGACGUUGUUCGCUCCCUCCAGAAGGACGGGAGCAUCGUUGCCAUGGUUGGGGACGGCAUCAACGACUCCCCAGCCCUGGCAGCAGCCGAUGUCGGGAUGGCUAUCGGAGGGGGCACGGACAUUGCCAUCGAGGCGGCGGACUACGUGCUGGUGAGGAACAACCUGGAAGACGUCAUCACUGCGAUCGACCUCUCCAGGAAGACUUUCAGCCGGAUCCGCUGGAACUACUUCUUCGCGAUGGCCUACAAUAUUGUCGCCAUCCCCGUCGCCGCGGGCGCGCUGUUCCCCGUCACCGGGCUCCAGAUGCCGCCGUGGCUGGCCGGCGCCUGCAUGGCCUUCUCGUCUGUAAGCGUAGUAUGUUCCUCGCUUUUGUUGAGAAGGUACAGAAAACCGAAGCUGACGACUGUAUUGCAGAUAACUGUAGAGUGAUUGUUAUGAAUACUAUAUCUCCCUUUACCGUGUUAAGAAAUGAAAUGAAAAUGGCGUCUUUUUGUAAGUUGUA